GUUUAAAUUUGGCAAAUAAGAAAGUUUAUAUACAAUGUGUGUUUUUUAAAUGUAAGUUUUUCUAUAUCCCAAAUGUUUUCCAGGUUCAAUGACUAAUUACCACGAAAUUCACAUGAUCCGUAUUUUCUUACCACUUAAAACGUUCUGAGUAGUCAAGAAAAUCGAAUCCAAAACUGUACUUACACCUGUCAACUCUUUAUUAAUAGACCAAAAACACUUGGUUAAAUUUAAGUUAUCAACCAGUGUUGGAUUUAAAAGCAGAUUGAUCAUUUUAUAAAACUUUUGUUAUAUUUUCAUAGUUAAUGUGUGGAUGAUAAUGCCAUAGUCAGGUGUAUCAUGUAUCAAACAAAAUACGUAUUUCUGGAAAUUUGUUUCUACGAAUGUUUUGUAUAGUAUUAGUAACUAUAACCGUGAAAAGCAUUCGUACAACUCUGCACAAUCUCGAUUUUUUACACGAUAUUACUAAACAAACUCGAAAUAUGAAAAAGUGUAAUUAAGUACAAGUACUGUUACUAACACAGGUAAUAUAGUAUGUAUAAAUAUUACAUUUUUAUUAUGCGAUAGUUUUAUGUUUAUAUAUGAUAAUAUAAUAUUUUUGUAAAACAUAUGUUAAAUAUGUUAGGUGCAACUUAAAAAUAAUUCUUUUAAUAAAAUAUAUUUUGUCUUAAUAUAACUUUGAUAUAUCUGACUAUGGCGUUAUCAUUCACACAUUCAUCAAUAAAAAUAAAACAAACAUUUGUAUUGUCGCGCAAUCAAACUCUAGUUAUAUUCUAACAACCGAGUAUUACAAUAAGCUAGGAGAAUCUACCAAACUAAGUAUCAAAUUUAUAAAAUCCAAUCAUUUAUUUCUAAUAAAAUUUAACAUAUUUAUUGUCAAAAAAUGAAAAGCAAACUAUUCUACAUAUCUAAUGAGAAAUUAAAAUUUAGCAAAAAAAAAGAGAAAUUAAAUCACUAUAUCUUUAUUAAAUUUAAAUUUUGAAUUUUUUUUUGAAAACGCAUGUGAUCGAAAUAAAUCACUAUAUCUUUAUUAGAUUUAAAUUUUGUAAGAACACAAUUAUGCGUUUUGAAAACGCAUGUGAGAAUCUAAUUCUCGUAUUACAACUGACACAAUUUCACCUGUUAGUUCCAAGUUUCAACAUUAAAAUUUCUCUUAUUCUUACUAUUGAGUUUAUGUUGCUAUAUUUGGUUCCGUGAGAGCCAAUGAGUUUUUUUUUUAGUUUUUUUUAAAAGAACGUAAUGGGAAAGAAAAAAACAGAGUAAUUAUAGUCGUACUCUUACAUGGUUGAAUAAACAACAGAUUGAUCCCUGCCUUUCAUUUAAAAGUUAGCAUACAAACGACUUGAUCAUUCUUCUAAUAAAAUCAACAUAAGGACUUUUACUUUUUGAAUCCAUUGAGAAGAACGGUUUCGGAGAAAGACUAAUUAGUCAGUCAAGCAAAGUGGAAAUAUCUGUGUAGUUCCCAUUCAAUAUUGUUUCGUAUAAAAGUAGAUGAAACAUUAAACCAUAUUUAUUCAUCACAAUUCCAUUCUUUUUGCUUCUUUCGAUUACUAUUCAUGAAAUUUAAAUUGGUUUACAGAAGGAUGCAUAUAGGUCUCUACGGAAACUCAAUUCCAAUUUCUCUUUCUUUUAUCUUUUUAUUCUUUUUUCAGUUUGAAACCGUAUUUGCGGCUCCUACUAGACACGUGUGUCAUCCCGAACAAAGAGAUGCACUUCUCGAGUUUAAAAACGAGUUUAAGAUUGGCAAACCUUCUUACAUUUGUGGUGAUAGUUUUGUACCGAAGACAAAGUCAUGGGCGAAUAACAUCGACUGUUGCUACUGGGACGGUAUCAAAUGUGAUACCAAAUCGGGGGAAGUGAUUGUGGUAGACCUCUUUUGCACCGGCCUCCACGGCCGGUUUCAUUCUGAUAGCAAGCUUUUCAGGAUUCAAAGUCUGCAUUUUCUCGACCUAUCAUAUAAUGAUUUCAGCGGUCACAUUCUAACUUCAGUUGGAAAUUUUUCUCAACUUGCCACUCUCUGCCUCUCUUAUAACAAUUUUGUUGGUGAAAUUCCGUCUUCACUUGGAAACCUUUCUAAUCUCAAAUUUCUUCAACUCUCUCGUAACAAUUUUGUAGGUGAAAUCCCAUCUUCACUUGGAAACUUGUCUAAUCUCAUCGCUAUUGACUUUUACCAUAACAAUUUUGUUGGUGAAAUCCCAUCUUCACUUGGUAACCUUUCAAAUCUCGACACUCUUUACCUCUCUGAUAACAAUUUCGUUGGUGAAAUCCCAUCCUCACUUGAAAACCUUUCUUAUCUCGACAUUCUCGAUCUCUCCCACAACCAUUUGGUUGGAAAGCUUCCGUCAUUGACCCGUCUUUCUAUUCUUAGAUUUCUAAAUGUAGAAAGUAACAUAAUCAGUGACAAGUUUCCUUCCUGGUUGACUUCUCUGACAAACCUAAAAUUUCUUAUCCUCUCUUUCAAUUCAUUCCAUGGACCAAUACAAAAGAUCCAAUUCUCCAACAAGUUGGAAAUCAUCGACAUAUCGCAUAACCACUUCAACGGAACUUUGCCAGAAGUAUUCGCCAAUGGACGCAAUCUAAGAACACUCCAUGUUGGUCACAACGAAUUGGCGGGAAAACUUCCGAGGUCCUUGUCCAAGUGUUCUUAUCUAGAGGUUCUAAACAUGGAACACAACGCAAUCAGCGACACUUUCCCAUUCUGGUUGGAAUCUUUACAAAGUCUACAAGUAUUAGUCCUCCACUCUAACGAGUUUCACGGGUCGUUACAACAUCAUCAUCCCAAGUCUGCUUCUUCUUUUCCCGAGUUGCAUAUCAUUGACAUAUCAUAUAAUUCCUUCUCCGGAAUCCUGCCAUUUGAUUUCUUCGUGUAUUUGACAGCCAUGUCCUCCGAGACAAACCGUUCAGAACUCAAGUACAUAGGAGAAGAACGUGUAUACUACCAGGAUGACUCGUUGGUCUUACUAAACAAAGGAGUCGAAAUAACGUACACGAGGAUCCUUACGCUCUUAACAGCCGUUGAUAUUUCUGGUAAUAGACUUCAUGGUGAGAUCCCUGAAUCCAUUGGUCUACUGAAGAGUCUCAUUGUGCUUAAUCUGUCGAGCAAUUGUUUCACUGGAGACAUCCCUUCGUCUUUGGCCAAUCUAACUAUGCUCGAGUCACUAGACUUGUCGCAUAACAAGCUGUCAGGCCAGAUUCCACCUGCUCUAGGGUACCUCACAAGUCUGUCUACGGUUAGAGUUUCACACAACCAUCUCGUCGGUCAAAUACCGCAAGGCGUACAGUUUCAGACACAAGAUUCGUCGUCUUUUGAAGAUAACCUUGGACUUUGUGGUCGUCCUCUCGAUAAAAAAUGUGGAGACGUCGACACAGAGCAAUUACAAGAACCAGAAUCAGUAGAAGAGAAAGAAGAAGAAGAAAAAGUUUUUAACUGGACUGCAGCUGGCAUAGCCUUAGCACCAGGGGUCAUCUUGGGAUUGACCAUUGGGCACUUUGUGAGUCUACAAAAUCCUCAAAGGCUUAUGAAGAUUUCUGUACGUCAGUACAAGGUAAUUAAUCAUCAACUCAUGCAAAGCUACAGAUGUAACUAAUUCAGCUUUUUCCCUUUGAUUUACAGUUUAACCCUUUAGGUUUGGUAACAGAGAAGAUGAAACACAGGAAUGGGACUCUCGAAGCCGAUUCAGAUUAGAUUUUGUUCACAUGUAUGUCAACUUAUUGGGCUAUGGUUACGUAAUUGGGAUCUUAGCUUUAAUAUUAAAGUACUUAACAUAUGUAUAACUGUAUUAUCUACUUAACCUAUGUUUGAAUUGUAUAGUUUACAUUAAGAAAUGUCACCGUUCGAUUCAAUUCAUUUGUCGAAAAUUCAAUCAACAAGUCUUUACCUUACAAAUGUUGAAAGUGAUGUUUACUUAGUAGGACCAUUUUUUCUAUGUUUUCUGAUUUAAAUUGGUUGGAGAUAUAAUAUUUCAAUUUUCAAACACUACAAAAUAAUAACAAAUAACUUUAUUUAACAUAUGUAUAUGAAAUUUGGAAUUAUAAAAACUAAUAUGUUAAAUAAUAUUAAUAUAAAUAUAGUUUCAUAAAUUUAUUGAAUCUUAUAAAGAAAAAUGUAUGCAAUUCAAGAUUAAAAAAAUAAUUAUUAAAUUUAAGAAUGUAAACUAUAGAAAUUUGGAACCUUUGUUUUUAUAUUUUGAAGGUAUUUCUUCUCUAUUGAUUUUUU